AUGAACAGUGAGUCUCUGUUUCCAUAUUACACAGCCGGGAGGAGCCCCAGGGUGGGGAAACUGCAGCGACAACUGCGCAAGGGGGAAUAUCACAUCUUCAAGUCUGUCCCCAUGUUUGAGAGUGACUUUAUCCAGAUCACCAAAUGGAGAGAGCUAAUUGGGCACAACUGUGCCCUGAUCAUGACCGUGGGCAUCACAAACACCAACCCCUUUGACCCAAUACCAGACAUCAUGCUGCUGGCGCAACUGGUCCCUGGUUGUGAAAAGCAUGCAGGGUGUGGCCAGGCCACCAAGGGAAAAGGGCACAAAGCUAGAACGACCUUAGAGCUCACGAGGCUCUUCCCCUUGAAGUUGGUAAAGAUCUCUGUUCACAACCAUGACAAACAACAGCUGCACCUGAAGCUGGCUACUGGCUGUUCCUACUACCUGCAGCUGUGUGCCCCUCCGGACAAGCAGGAAGGCCUCAUUGCCCUCCUGAGACCACCGGUGGAAGCUUACAGCUACCCAUACCGUUCCAGCCGGGGACAUGUUCAUGUCAGUAUUUGAGGAAGAGGACAGGAGCAGCCCUGAAGCAGCAUAUUUCCAAGGAACAGAAGGUCAGGGAGGUCAGCAUUAGGACCAUCAACAUCCUGGAGGUGACUGUGGCCGUCUCUGCAGCUUCUGCCGAGGGGCAGAGGACACAACAGGACUUCCACAAACCCAUGACCAUGCCCAAAGAAGCUGCCCCGGACACCAAACCUACAUGGCAUGACUGAGAGUCAGCAGCACGGGCAAAAAGAGAGGAGGUGGCAGCAGAGGAGCCAGUAGCAAGGGCCCAGGCUCCUGGAGCAGAAGGGGUGGCAGCAGGCGCCAUGGCGGGCGCUUUUAGCAUGACCGUCACCAAGUCUGCCUCAGAGCAGUUCAGCACAGCCCUAGCAGGGCAGCCACCGAGUGUCCUGGAGGAAGCGAAACCAACACAGCUAUUUCCAGUGCUGCCAACAUGUGCCCAGAGAGCAUUAAAGUGAGCUUGGAAGGUGCUACAAACAAGGCUCAGAGUGUACUUCCAGCAUGUCCGCUAUCCUCUCCCCGGAGGACAGUGUGAGGAUGGCGACUGCAGGAGCAGCACGGGCCAGCAAGAUUGGUGGAGAAGCCAUGAAAAGAAGUGGAAUGUUAG